CGGCGUAUGGCCUCCUGUCUGUGUGAACCGAUGUGGUAAUGUGUGAUACAAAGUCACCGAGUUAAAGUCUUGUCCAACUGGUGAGACAAAUUCGUUAUGAGCUUUCGCACAAGCGGUUUUUGUUUUUUAUUUUUCCUAAAUUUUGAAAAAUUUAGUGCUGAAAGAAGCAAAUUAGUGACCAAUUUUGGCAUUUAUGAAUGUUCAAGGUUUGCGAACACACGCGUGGUGAGACAGUGCUGUGAAAAUUCGACAUUUGAAAAGUCCUGAGCUUCUGCUAUGUGGCAUCGAAAUCGGGUCGCCUGGUGAAAAACGUAGUCCCCUAAAAAAUUCGUUCUGAGUGAAACGGCGACAAUGGCGACCAGUACAAUGUUGGCCAAAUAAAAUUCACGUAUCCGGAAUGUGCACCAUUAAAAUCUUCAAUUUCGUCUUGUCGAGAUUUAUUUCCUUACACCAUUUACUUGGCCGUUCAAAAAAAUUUAUGUACAACAUAGUACCAGUGCAAGUGUAAAUUGUUCAUUUGACGUUCGGUUUUAAGAAAAAAAAAUAAAAAAUAAAAAAAUAAAACUAAACAAAAUGUAAAUCACCACAGCGCUCUAACACACUCUUGCACGCAUAUACAUACAUAUGUACAUACGAAUACGCCACAAAAGCUAUUUGGUGUGUGUGUGCGUGAGCUGGGAUUGGGUCAGCGGGUCGGUAGCACAACGGGCGCAAUGGUGCGUCGGUUUUUAGGAGAACCGUGGACGGUUGUCGGUUUACGGUAACCAUACACCAUACGUAUGGUUAACGGAGUAGGGUAAGGGUGUUGUGACGGUUAGGGUAUAAGCAAUGCGGCAUUGAGACCAUGUUUAGUUGGGUUUACACGCGCAGGAAGGUGAAUGAAUCGUAUAACGGCUGCAGAGCCCACCAUACACGCACACACGCCUAUAAAUUCCGCGCACAGUAUGGUGUAUCCAAAAUACAGUAAUGCUACGAUAAUUAUUAUAUGAAAGAAAAUUAAAGUCAACUCAUAGCGCCGAGAAUACAUGAAAAAGAAAGAUAAAUUAAUUAAAAAUAUCGACUUCGAGCAAAGUGUGUGAGUGCGCGAGCGGAGGCAAAAUUAAACGCGGCGAGGCCACUUCCAAAUCCUCCGAAAGGAGCAGCUCCUGUCUCCCACUGCCAACACCGUAGAAUACUAUAGUAGCAGUGACCUGGUAUAAUUGGGCUCCCGAAAUAAAUGUCCAGUUGCCGCUGUCGUGCCAUGCGGACGGCGUGUCACUCCCGACCAAUGCGUAUUGCGGUUCACCUUGUGUAAGAUAAUUAUGGCCGAGCGGUCGUUACAAAAGUAUCAGAAAUUGGAAAUAGUGACGGUUGGAAGCGGCUCAGGAAGUAGUGCUAGCAGAGCAUCAACAGGACUCAACAGGCGGGGGGCACUUGGGUCGAAAGGGAGCCCAUCGCUUAGCUGAUAGAAUGGGUGGCCCAAAAAAAGAGGAGAACCCACCAGGUGGUGGUCCGACGUCGUUAUUUAUCCUUACUGAGGAUAACCCAAUUAGGAAGUACACACGAUUCAUCAUAGAAUGGCCGCCCUUUGAAUACGCUGUGUUAUUGACAAUCAUAGCCAACUGUGUUGUGUUGGCACUGGAGGAGCACUUGCCCGGGGGCGACAAGACAGUGUUGGCUCAAAAAUUGGAAAAAACGGAGGCCUAUUUUUUAUGCAUUUUCUGUGUAGAAGCAUCGCUCAAGAUCCUCGCCUUAGGGCUUGUUCUGCAUAAACACUCCUAUCUCAGGAAUAUUUGGAACAUCAUGGAUUUUUUCGUUGUAGUGACGGGAUUCAUGACACAGUACCCACAAAUAGGGCCCGAGGUAGACCUAAGAACACUUAGAGCCAUUCGUGUGCUACGGCCCCUAAAAUUAGUGUCUGGAAUUCCUAGUUUACAAGUAGUUUUAAAAUCUAUUAUCAAGGCGAUGGCACCUUUAUUGCAAAUCGGUCUCUUGGUGUUGUUUGCAAUCGUAAUAUUUGCAAUCAUUGGACUCGAGUUUUAUUCGGGCGCACUGCAUAAGACUUGUUAUAGCUUAGAAGAUCCAAACAAACUAGUGAAGGAGGGCGAAUCAGAGACGCCCUGCAACACAGACAACGGUACGGAGAAGGCAGGUGGCUUUGUUUGCAACAACACCACUAGCAUGUGUCUCGAGAAGUGGGACGGACCAAACCAGGGCAUUACGAGUUUCGACAACAUUGGAUUCGCCAUGUUAACGGUGUUCCAAUGCAUCACCAUGGAGGGCUGGACAUCAAUACUCUAUUGGACCAACGACGCACUAGGUUCAACAUUUAAUUGGAUAUAUUUCGUGCCUCUUAUAGUUAUAGGCUCAUUUUUUAUGCUCAACCUAGUUCUUGGUGUCUUGAGUGGUGAAUUCGCAAAAGAACGAGAAAAAGUAGAAAAUAGACAAGAGUUUCUUAAACUUAGAAGGCAGCAGCAACUAGAAAGAGAGUUAAACGGCUAUGUUGAAUGGAUUUGUAAAGCUGAGGAGGUAAUACUAGCAGAAGAGCGAACCACAGAAGAAGAAAAAAUGCACAUUAUGGAAGCUCGAAGACGCAAUGCUGCCAAGCGGAAAAAGCUCAAAAGUUUAGGAAAGUCCAAGUCUACAGACACAGAGGAAGAGGAGGCCGAGGAAGAUUAUGGCGACGAUGGUUAUUUGAAAACUCGGUCGAAACCCCAAGGCAGCUGCACCGGAUUCUGGCGGGCGGAAAAGAGAUUUCGCUUUUGGAUCCGGCAUACGGUCAAAACACAAUGGUUCUACUGGUUCGUGAUCGUCCUUGUCUUCCUGAAUACCGUGUGCGUCGCAGUCGAGCACUACGGCCAGCCAUCGUUUCUGACGGAGUUUCUAUACUAUGCGGAGUUCAUUUUCCUCGGUUUGUUCAUGUCGGAGAUGUUUAUCAAGAUGUACGCUCUGGGACCCCGAAUCUACUUUGAGUCAUCAUUUAACCGUUUUGAUUGCGUUGUCAUUAGUGGUUCGAUAUUCGAGGUUAUAUGGUCCGAGGUCAAAGGCGGUUCCUUCGGACUGUCUGUCCUGCGUGCCCUGCGUCUUCUGCGCAUCUUUAAAGUAACCAAGUACUGGUCGUCGCUGCGCAAUCUAGUCAUCUCCCUGCUGAACUCAAUGAGAUCCAUUAUCUCGUUGUUGUUUCUGCUCUUCUUGUUCAUACUUAUCUUUGCUCUACUUGGCAUGCAGUUGUUUGGCGGCCAGUUUAACUUGCCCGGAGGGACGCCCGAAACCAAUUUUAACACAUUCCCGAUAGCACUGUUGACCGUUUUCCAAAUCCUUACCGGCGAAGAUUGGAACGAGGUUAUGUACCAAGGCAUCAUAUCGCAAGGUGGUGCCCAAAAAGGAAUGAUUUACUCUAUAUAUUUUAUCGUUUUGGUACUCUUCGGAAAUUACACGCUAUUGAAUGUGUUCUUGGCUAUCGCCGUUGACAAUUUGGCGAAUGCCCAAGAACUAACAGCAGCCGAAGAGGAACAAGUCGAAGAGGAUAAAGAGAAACAGCUGCAGGAGCUUGAAAAAGAGAUGGAGGCGCUCCAGGGUGACGGUGUCCACGUAGACAACGGCGACGGUACCAUCGCCACUACCAAGGCCAAAAACAAGCGCAAGGAAGAGGAGAAGAAGGAGGAGGAGGAAGUGACUGAAGGUCCCAAGCCAAUGCUGCCAUACUCAUCAAUGUUCAUACUUUCUCCAACCAAUCCCAUACGACGCGGCGCCCAUUGGGUUGUUAAUUUGCCAUAUUUUGAUUUCUUUAUUAUGGUCGUCAUAUCAAUGUCAUCUAUAGCAUUAGCAGCCGAAGAUCCCGUUCGAGAGAACUCAAGGCGAAACAAAAUAUUAAAUUACUUUGAUUAUGCAUUUACCGGCGUAUUUACCAUAGAAAUGUUGCUGAAAAUUGUAGACUUGGGUGUGAUCCUGCACCCGGGAAGCUAUUUAAGAGAAUUCUGGAAUAUUAUGGAUGCUGUGGUCGUUAUAUGCGCUGCUGUUAGUUUCGGUUUCGAUAUGAGCGGUAGCAGCGCUGGACAAAAUUUAUCGACAAUUAAAUCACUUCGAGUAUUGCGUGUACUGCGUCCAUUAAAGACUAUUAAACGUGUUCCAAAAUUGAAAGCCGUCUUCGAUUGCGUCGUGAACUCAUUGAAAAAUGUUGUUAACAUUCUAAUCGUGUACAUAUUGUUUCAAUUUAUAUUUUCUGUUAUUGGAGUACAAUUGUUCAAUGGGAAAUUUUUUUAUUGUACGGACGAAAGUAAACAUACUUCCGCAGAGUGCCAGGGCUCAUACUUUAAGUACGAGGAGGACGAAUUGCUGCCAAAACAGGAGCUGAGAGUGUGGAAACCACGAGCCUUUCACUACGAUAACGUUGCCGCCGCGAUGCUGACCCUGUUCGCCGUCCAAACCGGCGAGGGAUGGCCACAAGUCUUGCAACACUCUAUGGCUGCCACUUAUGAAGAUAGGGGUCCAAUCCAAAAUUUCCGGAUCGAAAUGUCCAUAUUUUAUAUUGUGUAUUUUAUUGUGUUUCCAUUCUUCUUCGUCAACAUAUUCGUGGCCUUGAUUAUUAUUACGUUUCAAGAGCAAGGCGAAGCCGAGCUACAAGACGGUGAAAUUGACAAAAAUCAGAAAUCCUGCAUUGACUUUACAAUCGGCGCGCGACCCCUUGAGCGAUAUAUGCCCAAAAAUCGAAACACCUUCAAGUAUAAAGUUUGGCGCAUUGUCGUGUCAACGCCUUUUGAGUACUUUAUUAUGAUGCUGAUCGUAUUUAAUACCCUCUUACUGAUGAUGAAGUAUCAUAAUCAAGGAGACAUGUACGAAAAGUCGCUAAAGUACAUAAACAUGGGAUUUACUGGAAUGUUCAGUGUAGAAACUGUGCUAAAAAUUAUUGGAUUCGGCGUCAAGAACUUCUUCAAGGAUCCCUGGAACAUAUUUGAUCUGAUCACAGUCCUUGGCAGCAUUGUCGACGCCUUAUGGAUGGAAUUUGGGCAGCACGAUGAUUCGAACUCAAUCAACGUCGGCUUCCUACGUUUGUUUCGUGCGGCGCGUCUUAUCAAACUACUGCGUCAAGGAUAUACAAUACGCAUCCUCCUGUGGACAUUUGUACAAUCAUUUAAAGCACUUCCAUAUGUCUGUUUGCUUAUAGCUAUGCUGUUUUUUAUAUACGCUAUUAUUGGCAUGCAGGUGUUCGGAAAUAUCAAACUAGGUACAGUGGAAAAUUCCAUUACUAGGCACAACAACUUCCAAUCAUUUAUUCAAGGCGUCAUGUUGCUAUUCAGAUGCGCGACCGGCGAGGCUUGGCCGAACAUCAUGUUGGCCUGCCUAAAGGGAAAGGCCUGCGACGAGGACGCCGAGAAACGUCCUGGGGAGUACUGCGGAUCCACCCUGGCCUACGCCUACUUCGUAUCGUUUAUAUUCUUUUGCUCCUUCUUGAUGCUCAAUCUUUUCGUGGCCGUCAUCAUGGAUAACUUUGAUUAUCUGACGCGGGACUCUAGCAUACUGGGUGCCCAUCACUUAGACGAAUUUGUGCGCAUAUGGGCGGAAUAUGAUCCAAAUGCGACAGGGAAAAUACACUACACGGAAAUGUACGAUAUGCUGAAAAACAUGGACCCUCCAUUGGGAUUUGGAAACAAGUGUCCCAACCGCCUGGCUUAUAAAAAGCUAAUACGUAUGAACAUGCCUCUAGACGAUGAGUUGAGAGUCCAGUUCACCACAACGUUGUUCGCUUUGAUUCGGGAGAAUCUUAGCAUAAAAAUGCGAGCGCCUGAGGAGAUGGACCAGGCGGACAUGGAACUCAGGGAAACCAUCACUAACAUAUGGCCCCUGCAGGCGAAGAAAAUGCUAAACCUGCUGGUGCCGCCUACUGACCAGCUGAACAAGGGGAAACUCUCGGUCGGUAAAAUCUACGCAGGCUUCCUCAUUUUGGAGUCAUGGCGAAGUACGCGGUUUGGCCAGAUUGACUCGGGAAUGCCGAAACAGUCAUUUUUUAACUGCCUCCUCGACAUGGCCGCCCUUGACAAAGGAGGAUCGCGUCAGGGUUCCAUAAGUUUCGAGCCGAAUGGGGAAGGAGCCGCCAACUCACAGACACAUUUGUUAGCCAGCACGCACCACCACCACCUAAAUGGUGAUGCAGAACACAACAGUUUGGCAACACUAGCACGGCGGAGUACGAUCAGAAAGCGAUCAGUUAGAAACAAAAAGGUGAAUAAGUUUGAUAAACUCCAAGCGAUGCUGGAGCUCCAAGACGCGUCGCGGCAUCCCUCGCAGGAAUCGCUCACAGGUGCCGAUGCUAGCCAUUUACACCCUGGACAUUCCUACAUGAAUGGUCAUCGACAAUCGCCGAGUUUAAGGCAUAACGGCUCUCCGCUCGCCAGAUCGCCGAGCCCUCGAAGGCGUGGCCAUCAAUACAUACAUCAUGAUAUCGGGUUCUCCGAUACCGUAUCUAAUGUCGUAGAGAUGGUCAAGGAGACUCGUCAUCCUAGGCAUGGCAACAGCCAUCCGCGGUAUCCCAGAGGUUCAUGGUCAGCAUCGACAAGUCCAGCCCGUUCGCCGUCGCCUUCUCGUUACGGUGGUCAUUUGUCUCGCAGUAAACGCACUCAACUGCCUUAUCCCACAUAUGGGACAACCAGUCUAUGUCAAAGGUCACGAUCGCCGAGUCCCGCUCGACUUCAGGAGAUGCGUGAACGAGACAGACUUGGUUAUGGGAUUAAUAUGGGUGGAACCCACGUGCAGCACAGCUAUCCCACACUGGCAUCCCGUCGAGCCGGCAUCGGACGGCGGCUACCACCUACUCCGAGCAAGCCAUCUACUUUACAGCUCAAGCCAACCAAUAUUAACUUCCCAAAGCUGAAUGCAAGUCCCACGCAUACGCACCACUCGACACCCCACAGUGUUCAUUCGUUGCCGCACCACCGCGAUCUUCUAAGGGAUCCAAGAGACGUGUACUAUAGCAGUAGAGACCGUGAGCGUGACCGAGAGCGCCUUAGGGACAGAGACAGGGACCGGGACAGAGACCGGAUCCACGAGUACGACCUGCGCUACGAGUACCGGGAUCGGGAGCGCGAGUUGUACGAGCGCGAGAGGGAUCGCGAACGGGAAGUAGAAAGAGAAAGACUGGAAUACAUAGCCCCGCUGUCGUUUGAACAGGCACUGGCUAUGGGCCGAACAGGUCGUGUACUGCCAUCUCCAGUCCUUAAUGGUUUUAAGCCAAAGACCGGACUAAAUACUCGACACUCCGAUUCGGAUGAGGAGGAUUGGUGCUAGCAAAGGCUUUGAUUGCGAUCGCGUUAUCGAAAGGAUCAGAUCUGGGUAUAGCAUCAGGCCAUUUGCUCAUCAAUUUCAGCACCGAAUUUAGAUCACAAUUUUGAUACGAUAAAGCACGGAUACAGACAUCACAGUCCGCGUCCCGCACCUCAAAUUUACCAGCAUCCCAUGCAUUUGCGUCACGCCAAUACAAACUUAAACGCAACGACAUCAGCACCUGCAAUAUCUUCUUCAAAAAGGAUAUUGGCUAGAAAAAACGUACAGGCAUUUAACCCGAAUCGACAACCGCAAUCGCAACAACAGAAAUCGAAAAAUCAGCUAAUACAGCUGCACCAGAAGCUUCAGCACCACGAAAUACCACAGAAAUUUGAAUGGAAUGGACUCGAACCCUUAGCAAUGGCAUACUCGUUGCCAGAAACAAGAGUAGCAUCGCCUCAUUCUGAUAUUGAUAUCGAAUUCAAUAAAAAGUUAAUAGGAAAAGGCAGAAAUAAAUUAAACACAGCAAAACCAAUGAAUAACACGAACGAAAAUGAAGCAAUGAUAUUAGGCGUACCCAUUAACAUAACGUCCCCUGUAGCUAUUAAAAAGAUUUAUUCAGAUACAGAAAUUACUUAUAAUUACGAGAUAGACAAUGUUAGACUAGAAAAGGGAGCACUUCAUAAGUAUCACCAACCGGAUCAUACUAUCCCAAAGCAGCGAGUAGAACCGCACUACCUGCAGUGUUCGUACCAUACGCUUUAGGGGAACCAGAUACCAAUAGAUCUCCCACAUGUCCUAGCCUAGCCUAAUAUUAAGUGAAUGGGGUCUGAGAGUGUGGGCUAUUGAAAAGCAUGGAUAUGGAUAAGGACUAUAAAUAGGAAUAGGGGUAGAGUACACAUUGUCAUUACAUGACGGAUAACGAUAAACAACUCUUCGAAGUAUAAACGAGAGAAAAAUAUUGUAGGUACACGCAUAAAUUUUAAGAUAUCUAGAGUAUAGCUCGAUUUAUCUUUAACCUGCAAGAGUUUUUGUCUUGUUUGUAUUUAAAGUUGGUAAUUCAAUUAUGUACAUGUAAAAGGAAAAUUAUAUAUUCAUUCUGUGUACAUACCACCUUUAUGUAGGAAUCAAAUUUUUGGAAGAAAUGUAUUUACUUACAACUAUGAAUAUACUUAUAUAUACCUUCUACCAAACGAACCCGAUACCAAAUAUUUAUUGAUUAGCAAGUGAGCGCAUUUUGAUCCCAUAAGGGUUAUAAUUAAUUCGUGUACGUCCGAACAGACCGGAUGGACUAAUUUGAUUAAUACAACUCCAAAAUUAAUAAGAUAUACAACUUUAUAUUACUCUCAUAAAUUUAAAUAGCAUUCCUUACUGCAACCCGCAUACCCAUCUGUGUAAAGUGUACAAAACAUAGUUAAAUAUUUGCCUCAUCCACUCCAUAUGACUGUACAGGCCAUAGUGAUAAAAAGCAGUGAAUCCAUGAAUCAUCAUAAAUCGAAUUCAAAGUGCUAUAUCCACUUCUUUGAUCUUUAAAUGCUUUAUCAAAGUAAAAGUGUUGUAAAAAUUACGCUUUAAGCUAGUUUUUGUACUUCUUGAAUUUUACGAAUGCCUUAACUAGAUCACACAGAGCCAGUGGGGAAGGUUUGUCCUUCGGACGGAACCGAAGCUUUAUAGCCUUGCAAUUUUUCCAAUAAGUUAAAUAUAUUUGCUUUGUUCUGAUCAAGUUUUUUGCGGCUUUGGGAUAAAGUGGUCCGAUCUGAAAUAAUUUUAUCCCAAAUCAAUUAGACCUGCGACUGAUUUGGCAUCUAUUCAUACUACAAAUGCCUGGAAGGAUAUACAAUUGCGAGGGUCCAGUGGAUGUGAGUGGGUAUCAAAAUAGAUAAUAACAUUUUCAAAUCAUACAUGUACGCAGGAUCAGGCACCCAAAAUAAACGAAACCAGAGAAAUGUUUAGUCACAUCCCGAAUCAAAACCAAUUAGGCUAUAAAUAGACAAAUCGUACAUCUUUAAUGGGGAUAUCGAAGAGCGCACAAAUAUUGUAAUUUAAACAAAUGAAUCCAUAAGUUAAGUGAACUAAAUACGGCUAAGUUACGUAAAUUUAAACUCGGAAUUUAUUUAAGAUUCCACAUGUGAAUAGCAUUUUAGAGUGGGAAAGAACACAUUUGAACAAGAGAGGAGAGGAAAGUUAGCUUCGGGUUCCAAUGGAGUUUGUACAUUCAGCCUUAUCGGUAAUUUCGAUGGCCCCAAUACAUUUUUUAUUCGUAACUUCUUAUUAUUACUUCCCAUUAUGUUAAUCGGAAAACUAUGUAUAUUAGAUUAUAUGUACAUAGCUCCCUAGACAAUGGUUCAAGGGCUACUUUUACACUUCUUAUAAAUUUUUUUAUUAAAUUAAUCUAUUAAUUAAUCUUCAAAAAUUUACUUCUAGUGUUUUCAAAUUUUCACAAUUUACAGCUUCUUAAAAAGCGAUGUUAUUCAUCAAAUAUCCAACAGCUUUAAUAAGAUAAGUACGUAUUUCAUAAAAAUUAGAUGCAAGGGUAUACAAACUCUAGAAUCUGCCAAAGCCAGCUCUCUUUCUGACUGUAUGCUAAUAUCUUACGGAUUAUGACAAAUUAUUUUCAUGAUGGAAUAGAAAAAGUCGUGUGGUUUUUUUUUUCUAAAGUUGUACUUGACGAAAAACUAUUGGGCUAUUUUUAUUCAAGUCCAAAUCCUCAAAAAUAUCACUAAAAAUUCCCAAUGGGAGCAGGUUAAUUGCUAAUUACGAGGCUAAUUGCUACUGAUGCCUUUAUGGGAAUCGUUUAGUUAGUUUAUUGUUUAUGUAAUAAGUCCACUUAAUACAAAGUAGCUCAUCAAAAAGGGAUAAUUGACCCCCGUUAUACUUUACUAAUAUAUCAUUAUCAAAAGUUUUAGUGAAAUCGUCAUCAAAGUAGAGGGUAAUAUAUAUAUUUAGUUAGAAAAUGGAAAAUUUGAAGAUAUUAUACUUUGCCCCUAACCGAUUUACCAAAUUUUUUGGGCAAAAUUGCAGAGGUCUCGACUUCAAUAGGAACAGAAGCAUCGUCGGGAUGAGGUCCUUGUGCUUCAGGAAGAAAAAGUCGGGCCAGAAGGCAAUAGGCUGUUCAAAUUGUAAACCACGUCCCUCCAUCUACCAGACUAGAUGCCAAAAACAAAGUAUCCUAUACACAAAUAUUUAUAUGACAAUGCUGCGUCGAUUGUUCGACUUCGAUUGUUCUUCCAGGUUCUGCGUUACUUUCUCACACCAAACCAAUUUCCCAAUCCUCCAGAUGCUCCUACUCCUAGUCCCAGCAAGGUCCGAGGGGUAGAGGUGGGACCCGUGUUGAUGAUCCGCAAUCACUCGAGGUUCAGGAAAGUCGGGACUGGCUUCAGAAGGUCCUCUUCCCAGUGUUCAUUCUCACGUGUUACAUGUGGCUUAUAAACUUGAAAUUGGUCUGAACUUGAGCCAUAAGUUAGCUAUUUUUCCUGCUUACUGUCUGGCUUGAAUGGUCGCUAAAGAUACUUAAGUAGCUAUACUUUUUUUUACAAAUCGUCUAGAUUCAAGGUGACAUAAUGAAUAAAAACUAACAGGUACAGCUAAAGUGUAAUAAUAAUGCGUAGACAUAAAUAUAUAUAUAUAUAUAUAUAUACAUGAUAGGACCUAUAAGUAAAUAUUAAUAUUAAUAUUGUAUCUUAAUCUAGAUAUACGAGGUAAUGUACACAGUUUAAUUAAUUAUUAAGAGACGCUAGAGUUAAUUAAACUAUAUAUGUAUGUAACUAUAAAGAUGACUUGUAAUUUAUGUACAAGAAAUACAUACAUACACACAUAUAUAAUAACAUAAAUACCUGCCUUCAACAAAUUUGUUAAUAAAACUAUUAAUACUUUCUUAUUUUACGUAAAGUAAAGGAAUUACAUAAUAAUAAAAAAACAUUGAAAGACAGAAAAAUUAAA